CGCCGCCGCCGCCGCCGCUGCUGCCGAUUAUGUCACAUCGAUCAGACGCUGCAGCCGAAGCAGUAGGAGUCAACGAGGCGGCCGCAGCGGCAGCGGAGUCAGCGGAAGGACGGGCGCGGCUCAGCCACAAGUCACAUUAGGACUUGCAUGCAGCUGUCUCAUUCUUGGUUAUACUGUUACCCAGGUGAAGAAGGGAGGCCUGUCCUGUGUUGCCAGAGAAGAUGGCCUCAACUCCAGCCUGUCUGCUGAUGCUGUGGCCACUGGUUCUGAUUCUCUGUGAUCCAGCAGAAUCCAUCAAGUUUCCCGAAGGCUUUGACCGGACAAACUUGCAACAACCACCUGAAUUCACAACACAACCAGACAAGGAGAUUGUUUUAUAUCCCACUGAUGAGAUUAUCCUGAAAUGGGAGGCUAUUGGAAAUCCCCCAGUGACGUACCGCUGGACCAAGGAUGGAGAACAGUUUGAUCCAGAACAGGUGCAAGGGAUAAAACAGUUGGAAAAUUCAGGGACUCUGAUCAUCCAUACAAACAAUGGGAAUGUGCCAACUAGGUUCAAUGGGCUGUAUCGGUGUUAUGCCAGCAACAUAUUGGGCACAGCCGUGAGUUCUGAGAGUCACAUCAUUGUUGAGAAUGCCCCACAGUGGCCAAAGGAGGAGGUGGCACCCAUCACAGCAGAAGAAGGGACCCACACAGUCUUACCCUGUAACCCACCCACCAGUGCCGAUCCACCUAAAAUCUACUGGCUCAACAGCAAGAUUGAACACAUUGCCCAAGAUGAACGAGUCACUGUAGGCCAGGAUGGAAACCUCUACUUUGCCAAUGUACAGAUGACGGAUAGUCAACCUGACUAUAUCUGCAAUGCCCAUUUCCAAGGUCCACGACUCAUUAUCCAGAAAGAACCCAUUGAACUAAAAGUCAUCCCAACCAACACUUUCUCAUACCAGAAACCAAUUCUAGUUGUGCCAGAGAGCACACACAAGACCUACGUGGCCUUGUUAGGAAAGCGCUUGAUACUAGAAUGCAUUGCAGCAGGGCUCCCUACACCGUCGGUGGAAUGGAUCCACCUGAACAGACUGAACCCUUCACCUGGGGUGACCUUUGAGAACUACAAUAAAACUCUUUGCAUUCCAAGUGUGACGGAGGAUGAUGAUGGAGACUAUCAGUGUAUUGCUCGUAAUGAGCAUGGCAGCAUCCGCCACACCUAUACCGUUAAUGUUGAGGCUGCUCCAUACUGGAUAAAAAUGCCCGUGAGUCAGAUUUAUGGACCAGGGGAGAAUGUCCGCUUGGAUUGCGAAGUUGAUGGAAAACCUAAGCCAAAACUGUCAUGGAGCAUAAAUGGAACUCCUCUGAAAGAUGUGAUGCCAGAUCCAAGAAGAAAGAUUCAAUCAGGAGCUUUAAUCUUCAGUGAAGUGCAACCCAAUGACACCGCUGUUAUCCAGUGCCAAGCCCACAAUAAGCACGGCAGUCUCCUGGCCAAUGCAUACAUCCUUGUUGUCUGGUUGCCAGCAGAGAUCCUGACCCCGGAUGGCAUAGAGUAUGCUGUGGUGGAGAAUCAAGUAGUGAUCCUACAUUGCAAGACAUUUGGGGCACCCAGACCUAAAGUGCAGUGGUUUAUGGAAGAUAUGAACCCUGCCCUAAAAGAUGAACGAACCUUUAUAUUCACAAAUGGAUCCCUGAAACUUGAGGAAGUCCGACGUGAAGACGCAGGAAACUUCACAUGCUUGGCUGAGAAUGAUCAAAACAAUGUCUCCAUCAUUGCCCGCCUAGUUGUCAAAGGAGCAACACAGAUUGAAGAGGGACCUGUCAACAUGGAAAAGAAGCAAGGUGAGAGUGUGAUGUUCUACUGCAAAGUACUGUUUGAUGAGAGUAUUCCGAAGCGUGGUAUCCAAUGGCGCCUAAAUGGAAAAGAUAUUGAGGAAUCAGAUGACAAUAACAAAUACAUCAUUGGUGACAUGUCUCUGACAGUUACCAACGUGGACUACUCUGAUCAAGGAACAUACAGCUGCCUGGCUUGGACCACCCUUGACUCUGUAGAAAAAAAUGCCAAUCUUUUGGUGUAUGGCAAACCUGGCCCUGUAUCAAAUCUGGAGGUGCAGAGGCAGCAGAAUCAUCAGGUAAAGCUGACAUGGACCCCCGGAGAUAAUCACAACAGAGAAAUAAAUGAAUAUAUUGUGUUUUGUGAAGAAACCAAAUUUGGGCCAGCAGAAAUGGAAUUGUUAACCACCGUCCCAGGGAACCAGCCAUGGACUAUUCUUCACCUCUCUCCAUUCAGAAGUUAUAACUUCUAUGUACAGGCCAGCAAUGACCAGGGGAAAAGCGAAUUAAGCAGCCGGUCUGCCAGUCAUGCCACAGAACCCGCAGCACCUGAGCGAAACCCAUCUGAUGUCAGAGGAGAAGGAAAUGAAACCACUAAUAUGAUCAUCACCUGGACGCCCUUGCCUCACAAGGAGUGGAAUGCCCCAAAGCUGAGGUAUCGUGUACAGUGGCGGCUAGAGAAUGAAGACCAAUGGGAAGAGGUGGAAGUUGACGACUCUCCUGUGCUGGUGACAGAUACCCCUGUCUUCUCACCGUAUGAGAUCAAAGUGCAAGCACAGAAUGAUUUUGGCAAAGGGCCUGAACCUCAAACUGAAAAAGGUUACUCAGGGGAGGAUGUGCCUGAGGCUGUCCCUGAAGAUUUGCUGAUUGAGAUGAUAAACAGCACUACCAUCAAGCUUUCUUGGAUCCUUCCCAACAGAGAGAAAAUUUGGGGACACCUCAAGGGAUUCAGGGUGUAUUACUUCAGGUUGGGAACCCUGGCAGAACGUAGCCGUCGACAGGCCCAUCUUCACUUCCAUUCCCACGGGGAGCUGCUGAUCUUGGGGAAUGUGUCUGAAGUCAUACUGGGGGGCCUCAGGCCCUGGAGCCGGUACCAGGUUCAGCUGGCAGUGUUGAAUGGGCGGGGGGAGGGGCCCCGCAGCGAGGCCAUGGAGUUUGUUACACCUGAGGGAGUACCUAGCAUCCCUGAAUCCUUUCAGUUGGACUACCUCUCGGACACAGCCGUGUUGCUAGAGUGGAUGCCUCCAAAAUUCCCUAAUGGGAGAUUACUGAGAUACGUGUUGGGAUACCAACAAGCCAAUCAGACAGAGAUGGACAUUGGCAACAUCCAUAUCCCAGCCACCCAGUUAAGCCUCAAUCUCAGUGACCUUGAUCCCCACACUCCCUAUAAAUUCUCCUUGUGGGCAGAAACCAAAGAGGGUCGAGGAGAAGUAUCCUUACUUGAGGAAUAUACAAUGCAUGAGUCAGUGAACUUGUCUUUUGUAAACAUCAGUUUGGGCGAGACAGGAGAAAACUUCACCACCAUCAUCUGGAUCCCACGUCAGAACCAGCGAGAUAUGGAGUUUGCAGUCCAUCUUAUGAGCAAAACAGACAAAGGACAGUGGCAUGAUGUAGGAAAGGCCAGAUCUGGCCAGGGCUCAUACAGCAUUCCAGAUUUGCAGCCAGGCAAGCAGUAUCGUGUCCGACUGGUGAAAGUACAUCGAACUGGGGACGUUCAAAUCAUUUGGGAGUCAGAUGUGGAGACCAGUGGUGUGGUUCAAGAGAGACAAAAAAACUUUGCUGCGGAAGGUUGGUUCAUUGGAUUUAUCAGUGCCAUUGUCCUCCUCAUCCUGGUUCUGGUGCUCCUCUGCUUCAUCAAGCGCAGCAAGGGCGGCAAGUACUCGGUGAAAGACAAAGAAGACACGCAGGUGGAUUCGGAGGCCAGGCCCAUGAAGGAUGAGACCUUUGGAGAAUACAGGUCCCUGGAGAGUGACAAUGAGGAGAAACCCUUCACCAGCAGCCAGCCCUCCUUGAAUGGUGACAUCAAGGCUCUGGGGAGUGACGAUAGCUUGGCAGAUUAUGGGGGCAGUGUGGACGUCCAGUUCAAUGAGGAUGGUUCCUUCAUUGGCCAGUACAGUGGCCAAAAAGGCAAAGAAGGAGGUGGAAAUGACAGCUCUGGGGCUACCAGUCCUACCAAUGUGGUCACUGCCCUGGAAUAAGUGGAGGCAUUUUCCCAAAGGAUUCCCCCCCGCCCCCAGUCCUGGAGAAGAGGAUUUCCCUAUGGAUUGCUGGGGGCAGGGGAGGUGAGCACAGGGUUAAUCACCUCACCCAGGCAAAGAAUCAAAGAAUCAAUGUUCUUCGAAUGGAAAUAGUAAUUGGUGGAAUCUACCCUUUGUUUACUGGCUAACCCCACCCCCCAAAAAACUAAUCAGGGAGGGUUAGAAAAUCAGGGGAUUCCUCAAAUAAUCCACCUAAAAAAGUGUCUCAUUUCCACACCUUCUCCCCAAGCCAGUUAUCCUUCAGCCAAACUAUGUCCAUGUUUUGUGUGGUGGGAAGGGAAGGGGAAGGGAGGGAGAAGGGGAGGGACAUGUGACAUGAUCCAAGGGAUGAGCUUAUCAGUGAAGCCCAGAGCUUCAUAAAAGGGGAGGGAAUCAAGGUUCAAAAUUGCCAAAAGAGCAGAUGACCCCCUUCUCAAAAUCCUCAACUGUUCAUUCUUUGUUCUUGUUCAAGAAGGGGAUGUUAGAUGGUGCUGCAAUGUCUAAUCCCAACCCAGAUCAGGACAGGAGGCAAAACAGAAGGUGACCUGAAAGGAUUGGGAACCAAGAAACGGGGAAUCCUUUCUCUGCUUCUGAGAGAAAGGGUGGUUAGAAAGAACUAGAAACCAGAAGUUGUGGCUAUGCAAAAGGAAGGCAUACGAAUGGUCUGAAAGGAUCUGGGCCUUUCAAUUUUGCCAUUUACCACCUUCUAAGGAGUCAGCUGAUGAUAAUCUCUGAUGCCCCUUUUAUAAGGGAAGGGGUGCUCCAGCCUAAUCUUCUGAUUGCCUCUCUGUUGAUCUGUCAUUUUUCUUCCCCUUGUCACUCAUUUUCUAAAUCAGGCCUUGCCAAGGCAGCAGUUCUCUCAAAAUUGUGGCUUUCAAACUUUUUACCUUGAGGAAAGCCUUUCCAUGUCUGCUCAUUCACUAAGACAUUCCCAUUUUUCUGCCAUGGAAGUUGAGACCAAUUUUGCAUUCGUGAAAGCCACUGACCAAGUUGGUCCUAUUGGUCAUCCUCUUUACUUCACAUAAAAUGACUCUAUACCUGCCAUUAAAGUAGUACUUGAUUGCCAUAGCCUCUCAAGAGCCUCUGAUCAAUUGCCAAGAGAUCUCAAGGUAUCCUAGAAUGACAGUAUGAGAACUGCUGCCAAACCUGGUCUCCUGGUGCUGAACAGCCCACCUAGAACGAUCCCUUUGUUCUUUCUGUCAUGUUAACUCGCAUUCUCUCUUUCAUGGGAGGAUCAAAAUCCAGUUGUUUCCACUGGGCCAAAUCCCACCAUUUGACAACUCCUCUUCCUCCUCCCUCUAUCUUGACCUCCAAUUCUCCCCUCAAACAGCAGAAAAAAACCCCAAGACCCUCCCUGCUUCUUGAAUGCAUCUCACGCAGCUGCCUUGCGACACACUCUUGUCUUUCAAAAGUGAUUUCUUGUUCACUGAAUCAACCCUCUACCCCAUUUCCGCCUCUGUCUAUUGUAAUAACUAUUUUUUCUCUUGCUUGUCGGGGAUGAAAUGAAUCCUUGCUUUUUUUGCAUACAAAGUUUUUUAAAAUAAUAAUAAAAAAUAAUAAAAGUACUCUGGUGUUUUGAGCAGCCCUACACAAAAUCAUUCCUGCCUUUUCCCCUCUCUCUGUAAAUAUUUCCAACCCUUGUGCUUGAGUUUGUUUUAGAUGUCUUAGGACUGGUGUUUUUGAAGUCUUUUAGUGGGUCUAUUAAGGUGGCUUGGAAUUAAAAAGAGAAACAAAAAAGUAUUUUAAACAGUCCUUUUUCUCCUGAAAUGUGAUGCCAUUUUCAUCCACCCAUCCUCCCUGCCCUGUGUAUUCUUCUCUUUUGUCAAGCCUGUUGCGAUCUAACUUUCUCUCUUGAUAGCUUUUUAUAUAUAUAUAUAUAUAUGUAUAUAUAUAAACAGAAUUAUAAAAUGAUAAAUAAAUGAUGAAAUCGGAA